AUGAGCUUCCCCCUAAGAGAAGUCUGGAGCGAGCUUCUGCGCUCUACCUCAAAUAAUGAAGCGGUCCUGAAAGAGCUUCUUGAAGGUCGCCCAGAGAUCGAACGGGCGGUAGAUUUAAAUUGCACAUUUAUGAAUUAUAUUUCUAUCAUCUACAAGGUCUUUAACAUAAAGAUAGAAGGUGGACAGAUUGAUCCAAGAGUUUGGCUACCCAGCGACCACGAGUUUAUCGAAAUGUUAAAGUUAUUGGUACGCUAUAUAGACGACAUCACUACUUGGAUUGAGGACCAUGAUAGAACCGGCGCGCCUUGGACGUCUAUUGGUGAAUUCUACGCAGAGUCACUGCUCGAAGUCGACGCGCAGUGUCAGAGAUGGUGGGUAUUGGCCGAUAUGACCAUUUUCAAUCCGACCACCACUCCGUUUAAGGUACUUCCAACGAUGCCGCUUAAUGAAGAAAGUGUCCUGGAAAAAUUCGAUCCCGCUAACUUCAACCGGUUCCAAGGUGCACGAUCAUUUUCAUCCAUGGAAAAUAGCCCCAUGGACAGAAGUACAGACAGAAGUACAUUUGAAGCUCCGCUGUCGCCAGAAUUAUCAUUAAAACAGCGUCAAACUCCCUCUACUGCUUCCUCAAGUUUCAGUUACCAACCCGCAACGAUAUCCCUCGACAAAGGCCAGAUAGCAGCCGACUUUACUGAUAGUUGGAAUGGUGCCGGACAUUCAAGCUUUUUCUCGCACAAUUCGUAUGGUGAUAUAGAUCAGGACUUCCUAUAUAAUAGCGACGUCGAACCUGGAGGACUUGAUGUACAGCAGACUCCCGUUUUAAUUCCAACGACACCGCGAUUAGAACAGAACGGAUUCGUAACAUCACAUAAUCCGAGUUUAUCAUUCCACUCACCUGUUGAAAAGCGAAGCGGAUUCUGUCAACCAAUUCCUCCGCCUGCUCGAAAAAUCGCUAUACCACAGCUUCAAAAACAAGGAACUUUCGAGCCACUUUUUCCACCAACCGAACAUUCCGAACUUCGUCCUUCUCUGCCUACUCCACAGACUUCCACUUAUGGACUACAUAGAAAGCGAGGCUACUCGAAAAUUUCGCCGCAAGUUUUGAAUGAAAACCCAGAAAAGAGACGAGCAGUAGCCACAGAGAUGCCGCAGCAUAAACCGGGAUACACUGGAAUGCAAGAGUUUCCACCUGGCUCUAAACUUUCGCCUGAUAGUUUGAUGCAUGGCUCAUCUGGCAGCGCUCCGGGAUUUUUCAGUGGAUCCUACAAUACCAAUUAUUCAGCCUCGACAGCUUUCAGUCCCUUCAAGAGAAGCGCGGAAACGCUGCAAACUAAUCACAAUACAGUUCCACACAAAGUUGCGAUCGGUUCGCAAAUGGAUUGGAGCAACAUGGUUUCAACCGAAAAUUGCCCAAAAGGGAGAGCCAGAAACAUCGUUGCCACACAGCAGGACUGGAACGACAUUGUGUCAGCCACCUUUGACUCAAACGCAGGUCUCGAAAUUUCAAGUCCAAAAAUUAGUCGCGAUCCCUCGAACUUACCAGGAACUCCUAUGAUGUGUACAGACAUGAAUAUAGGAUAUGGACGCCCGGCUACCUCCCAGCAGCCAAUGUACUUCAGCUCACCAGUGCACUCCUCACCGAUAACAGGAAGUAAUUCAAGGGGGUAA